UCGCAUCUCGACUCACGCGCACGCACAGAUCUCCCGGAUCGGCGAAGAGGCGGCACCAGAAGCGAGCGCGUGCUGAUGGCCGACGGACCCGUUCGGCGUCCGGCGUAGACCCGAACCUUGAGCGCACGUCAUGGGUCUCGUGAUGGGGACCUUCUCCAUGCAGUCCAAGCAGGUCAGCUACCACACAGACAAGGCCGCCGACGACCCGGAGGUGAGCCUGGUGUGCCAUCGACCCGAAGGCCUCGAUCAGCUGCAGGCUCAGACCAAGUUCACCAAAAGGGAACUCCAAGUGCUGUACCGGGGCUUCAAGAACGAGUGUCCAAGUGGAAUCGUCAAUGAGGAAACCUUCAAGCAAAUUUACUCGCAGUUUUUCCCGCACGGAGACGCCGGCGCCUACGCGCACCACCUGUUCAACGCCUUCGACACGUCCCAGUCGGGCGCCAUCAAGUUUGAGGACUUCGUCACAGCGCUGUCCGUCCUGCUGAGGGGUUCCGUCAGCGAGAAGCUGCGGUGGACCUUCAACCUUUACGACAUCAACCGAGACGGAUGCAUCCACAAAGAGCAGGAGAUGACGGACAUUGUCAGAGCCAUCUAUGACAUGAUGGGCAAGUACACGUCCCCCGCCUUGAAAACCGACGCACACAAGCAGCACGUGGAUGCCUUCUUUCAGAAAAUGGACAAAAACAGAGACGGUGUGGUCACCAUUGACGAAUUCAUCUAUUCUUGUCAAGAGGAUGAAAACAUCAUGAGGUCUCUUCAACUGUUUGAAAACGUCAUCUAGACGUCGGCCUUCGAGGGGGCCAAUUUGGGAGAAGAACCAGAAAAAGCAGACUUUCCAAACACGUGACCCGCCGACUGUCUCAAAAGUAUUC